UCACACGAAUUUCGCACUCCCUCCACUCUCGCAUGUCACGUUUUUUUUUUUUCCGCUCGAAUCUCUGAAGAGAAGUAGUGUUGAUUUUCCGGCGAUGAAGAUGAAGUCGUUGGUGAUUCUCUUGGUUUUCCUCUGCUUUAUUUUCUCAAAUGUCUUUGUAUGUUCGUCGAAAUCUGAGGAGGAUGAGGAUCUCAGCUUCCUAGAACAGGAGGAGCACACCGGCGCAGCAUCGUUGGGAGGCGACGAGCCUCACGACUACGAGAACUAUGACGAUCUGAUGGAUGACGACUUCUCAGCGUACGGGGACGACGACGGUGGAUACAGUCCGCAGGAGGUGGAUGAGAGCCAUGUGGUGGUGCUGCAGGGAUCCAACUUCAGUGAGUUCAUAGAGAAGAAUAAGUUCGUGAUGGUGGAGUUCUACGCGCCGUGGUGUGGACAUUGCCAGGCUUUGGCGCCGGAGUAUGCGGCGGCGGCGGAGGAGCUGAAAUACGAGGAGGUGGCAUUGGCGAAGAUUGAUGCUACCGAAGAGGCGGAAUUGAGUCAGAAGUUCGAUGUGCAGGGCUUUCCUACUGUGUACUUCUUUGCGGAUGGAGUACACAAAACCUACAACGGUCAACGCUCUAAAGAUGCUAUUGUCACUUGGUUGAAGAAAAAGAUAGGUCCAGGUCUACACAAUAUAACUACGGUUGAGGAGGCAGAGAGGAUCUUGACAGAUGAAGAUAAAUUAGUUGUGGGCUACCUAGAAAGUUUGGUGGGUUUAGAGAGUGAGGAGCUUGCUGCUGCUUCAAAGUUAGAAGAUGAUGUUAACUUUUACCAGACUUCAAGUCCAGAUGUAGCGAAACUUUUCCAUAUUGAUCCACAUGCCAAGCGCCCAUCCUUGGUCAUUGUUAAGAAAGAAGCUGAGAAACUUAGCAAAUUUGGUGGUGAGUUUACUAAAUCUGCAAUAGCUGAGUUUGUGUUUGAGAACAAGCUUCCACUUGUCACCAAUUUUACACGUGAAAGUGCUCCAUUUGUGUUUGAGAAUCCAAUUAAGAAACAGUUAAUUCUUUUUGCAACGUCAAAUGAUUCGGAGAGAGUUUAUCCAGUAUUCCAAGAGGCAGCAAAGGCUUUCAAGGGAAAACUUCUAUGUGUGUUAGUGGAUCUGGACAAUGAAGAUGUUGGAAAACAAGUUGCUGAGUAUUUUGGAGUCAGUGGUGAAGAAUCAAGUGUUAUUGCAUAUACCGGAAAUGAUGAUGCCAGGAAGUUCAUAUUGAGUGGUGAAAUAACCAUAGAAAGUAUCAAGUCAUUUGGAGAGAAGUUUUUGGACGACAAUCUGAAGCCUUUCUACAAAUCAGACCCUAUUCCCAAGAACAAUGAUGGUGAUGUCAAGAUAGUGGUUGGCGACAACUUUGAUGAAAUUGUGUUGGAUGAGUCGAAAGAUGUUCUUCUUGAGAUAUACGCACCUUGGUGUGGACACUGCCAAGCUUUGGAACCCAUCUACAACAAACUUGGCAAGUACUUGAGAGGCAUUGAUUCCCUCGUCAUUGCCAAGAUGGACGGGACAACAAAUGAGCACCCCCGAGCCAAGUCUGAUGGUUUCCCGACAAUUCUGUUCUUCCCAGCUGGCAAUAAGAGUUUCGAUCCGAUAACUUUUGAGUCGGACCGAACUGUGGUCGAAUUCUACAAGUUCCUAAAGAAGCACGCAUCCAUUCCAUUCAAACUGCAGAAGCCAUCAGCCUCGUCGGAGAAGGAGAAGCCAACGCCUUCCUCCGAUUCUACAGAUAGCGAUAAUUUCAAUACCUCCGAUGACAAGGAUGAGCUAUGAGUCUGUUUGAGCUUAAGGACUGAUCUCCAUACCAAAUAUAGAACAGGUACGAGUAAUUAUAUCAUUUAAUUUUUAUAGAGAAAUCAAUGAAGCCAUUUGGAAUUGUAUGCAUGCUUAAAUGUGGUCUUUUAGUUGCUUAGACAUUUUGAAUUUUACUUCAAUUUUACUUGCCCACUCUCACUUCUUCAAUUUGACAUUAGUUUCUCUAUAAAUAUUCACUUAAAAAAGAUAUAUAGAGGAAAUUAUGCCUGUCUUA